AUGCUCUCCUUCCCGAUUGUCGGGGUCAUCAACGACAAACUCCGUACCGUCCGCGCCCGCUGCUCCUCCGGAUCCGUCUACGUGUCGGCCGCCAUCACGUGCGGGUACGCCUCCCAUCCCAAGCCGCAGGCCAAGCAGGUGUCGCGCAGCGUCGGGCGAACGGCGCGGAAGGCGGCCAAGGUAGAAGCCCGCAUCGCUGCCCAGAAAGAGGCCCGACGCCGCGCAGAGGACGAGGUAGAGGCUCGAGUUGCGGCAAGGGCGGCUGAGGACGCGGCGCUGGUAGAGGCCAAGGCCGCGACUGUGGAGAUGCGUCAGGCGCGGGCAGUGGCUCGUGCUCGUGCGGCCGAGGCGGCGGCGGCUAGCGACAAGGCGCGGGCGGCCGAGUGGGAGGCGGACAAAGUUGCCCGGCGUGAGCGGCAGGCUGCCGCCGAUGCUGGCCAUGCACAAGCUGUUGAGCGUCGCAGGGCAGAGUGGGCAGCCGCCGAUGCGGCUCGGAUCGAAGCCCGGGCCGCGCUCAAGGCGGCUCGCGCCGAGGCCGACCACGCCGCCACCGAAGCCUACGAGGCUGAGACCGAGGCGCUGCGGCUCGAGCGCGAGCACAAAGAUAUGAUGCAUGCCCAGGCCGUCGAGGCCGAGGCGAUCGAGCGCGCCGCGCGCCGUGAGGCCAACGACGCUGCCAGUGCCGCGGCUUACCGCGACAAGUGGGAGUUGCGGCGCGAAGCGCGGCGCACCGCCGACGACGCCCGCGCUGCCGAGCGCGCAACGGCUCCAGAGGCCAAAGCAGCGCGUCGCCAAGCCGCCGACGAAGCAUAUGCUGCUGCACGCCGCGAGGCGCACGAAGCCAUGGCGGCCGAGCGUGCUGCGGCCGACGCCGAAGCUGCUGCCGCCCGUGCUGCAGCCAAAACUGCGCGUGCCGAAGCGAGAAUGGCUGCUGACGACGCCGCAGCGGCGAGCACAGCUGAGCGUCGCGCUGCUCGCGCUGCUGCCGAUACCGAGCGCGCGGCCGAGCGCGCGGCGGCCCGGUCCGCCGCCGAUGAAGCUGAUGCUGCUGCCCGCGCCGCCGCUCUGGCGGCUGCUGCGGAGCGAAAGGAGGCUGUCCGGAACGAGCGCACUGUAGAGCGCCCUGCUGCCAAGGCUGCGCUGCGCGAGGAGCGGGCGGCGGCCAAGGCUUCCAAGGCCGAAACGCGGGCCGCUGCCGACACACAGCGCGAGCGCAACAGGGCUGCGACGAAGCAGCAGCGUCGUGAAGAGCGCGAUGCACGGUGGGCGGCGGCAGCGGCGGCACGGGCUUCGGCCGAUACGGCGCGGCAGGCGACUCGCAAAGCUGCGGACGAGCGGCGAGCCGAGGCGGCUGAGAACCGACCGGGAUUAUUGAGGACUUCUCGAGCCGCUGCUGACUCGCGCAAGGCAGCACGACGAGCAGAAGCCGCAGCGCAGCGGGCCGAGGCCCGCGCUCAGGCCGAUGCAGCGGCGACGGCGGCCAAGUCCGAGUACGCGCAGCUGCGAUCAACGGUGCGAGAGCAGGUGAAGGAGGCUCGAAAGCGUGAUCGAGCUGCCGCUGAUGGGGAGGCGAGACGCCAGGCAGCGGCGGCUCGUGAGGAGCGGCGGCGCCACCGCGUGGCGCGCCGGGCUGCCCGGGCCGAGCGGCAAGCUGCAGCCCAGGCGACAGAAGACGCGCGGCGCAGCGAGAAGGACGCACGCCGGGCCCGGACCAUCGAUGCUCUGCGAAACAUCAACCGGCCGGUGCUUGCUGCGCUGCUCUCGGUCAUCUCGCCGUUUGCUCGGGGCAAGCGCAAGGCCAUGGACGCUGCGCGGGCGCUGGGCUUGGCGACGGUCGCCGGGCUUGACGCAGCGGUUGUGGGUGCAGCCGACGUCGUCCGCGGCUCAGCUGCUCUGGCCGGUAGGGUGGCAACGCCUGUCGGCCGAUCGGUUGUGGACGCGACCCGCGCGACCGGAAACGUCAUUUCGGACGUGGUCCACGAUACCAGGAGUCUGGUGCGUGCGGUGACUGUCCCCCCAGUCCGCGCGGCUGUCGACGCCACAGCUGUGGCUACGGCGACUGUCGCCGACACGGCAACGGCCGUCGCCCGGGUCUCCAAGGAUGUGACUGGCGCUGUCGGCCGGACGGUGGUCGAUGCUGGGCGCAAGCCGGUGCGCGCUGUGGCCGAUGCUGGGCGCGUGAUGGGUCGCGGAACUGUCGACACUGCGGCUGUUAUUGGUGGCACAGCGGUGGCUGCGGCCGUGGCCACCGGGUUGGGGGUGGGUGCUGUGGCACGUCCAGUUGGACGCGCCGUGGCUGAUGCUGCGGCCGCCACUGAUCGAGCCGUCCACGAUGCUUCCGCCGCAGUGAUGCGGACCAUCCAAGACGUCGCAGUCAUCACCGAAGCCUCGGUGACGUCGGCAGCUUUGCCUGUUGCUGGCGGUGUUCGGCGCGGCGUGCUGGCGGUCUCGCGAACUGGGGCCGACACCGCCGGCGCGGCUGCGCGCGGCGUCGGCCGCGGAACGACUGAUCUGGUGCGGUCCUCGGUUCAGCACGUGGCUGUGCCUGUUGGCCGGGUGGCGCGAGACGCAGCAGAAGCUGUGGCGGGCGGGGCAGCCCAGGCCAGCCGUGUUACCGGUCGAGCGGCGCGAGAUGCGGCUUCGGCAGCGGUGCACUCGGCGCGAGUGGUGGCGGUCCCGAUUGGGAGGGUAGCGGAGGACGUGGCGUCGACCGUAACGCACGUGGCGGCUGAUGUGGCACGACCUGUGGUCCGGACUGCGGUUGAUGCCGGUACAUUGGUGGCUCGCGGCUCGGCGAUUGCUGGCCGGACAGCGACUCGAGUGGUCGGUGAUGGGUCAAUGGCAAUUGUCGACGGCGCAGCUGCUGUGGCGCGGCCAGUCGGGCGGGGAGUUGUCGACGUGUCGCGAUCAGCGGCCCAUGCCGGGUCCACCGUCCUGCGCCCUGUCGGUCGCGGUGCGACAGACGUGGUCACCCAUGUUGUGCCAGGCGUGGCGCUUGCAGGCGGACGCGCGGUGGUGCGAGCCGGCUCGGGCGUGAGUCAUGUCGCGGUCCGCGGCGGCGCGGUGGUCGAUAGGGCGGUGAUUGCGCCUGUCACGCAUGCGACGGGGACUACGGUGCGCAAGGCCGGGCGGGUGGUCGGCGGUGCUGCGGUGGUGAUCGGCGACGAGACGGCUUACGUGGCGCGGCGAGCUGGGCUCGGCGUUCAGGGUGCGCUGCGUCCUGUCGGACGCGGAGUGGCGGACGUCGGUCGCAGGGUGGGCGGCGCCACGGCGUCGGGGGCGCGGGUGGUCGGAUCUCAGUUUGCGGACGCUGUGGAGGCCGGUGCAGACGUUGCUGUUCGGGUCGCGCGGCCUGUGGGCGAGGUUGUUGUCGAUGCCACCGAGGUUGCUGUGGGUGGCGUAGCCAAGGGCUCGCGAGUUGUUGGACGUGGCGUGGCCGACGUGGCUCGCGGCGCUGGCCACGUCACGUCGGACGUGCUGCGGCCGGUAGCGCGGACAGGUCAAGAUGUGCUGGUCACGACAGCACAUGUUGGCGAGACGGCGGCGAUCAGGGCUUCGCGCGGCGUUUCCGACGCCGGCGGGCUCAUCGCCGAUGGAGCUGUCGCCGUGGCUCGUCCGAUCGCCGCCGGCGCCAAGGCCAGUAUCGCUGCUGGUGCCAAGGUUGCAGCGGCAGUCAACCCGGUCGCGGCCCUCGAGCGCUACGCCGAUGCUGUGGUCGAGAGUUCCGGUCCGUCGGUGAGUGUAGCCAGCGAAUGAUAGAAAAGAAGGCAUGUGGAAGAGG